AUGAGUUCAAAAGUCAAAGACGUCGCUAAAGCGGCUGCACCUGUUGUUAAACGUGAUAUUAACAAAUGGCUUUUUCCUAUACGUCAAUUUCUUAUGCUUCGAAAAUUCACUCAUAAUCAACGUCAUGAAUUUGAAUGGGCUAAGCGAACACAACCACCACCACUUAUACCAGGUGGUUUCGCUCAUAAAUUAAGUAAAAAUUAUUAUUACGAUCGAGAUGCUCGUCGACAAGUUGGACAACCGCAAGUCGUUUUUUCAAAUAAUAAUCAAUUUCUUGCUAGUGCUACACAACCACAAAUAACAGCUGGAGCAUCUGCACAAGCACCAUCACAACAAGCUGCUGCAACUACAUCAACAGCUACGAAUACUUCAACAUUUUUAUCAAUUCUUGAAGCUGAAAAACAAACUGCGUCAUUAUUAACAACUCAAAGCAAGACUCCUAUUCAAUCACGCACACCUGGCAAAGUUUAUAAUUGGGAUGGUUAA